GUGCCUGAAGCUAAAAGCCGGUUUUUUGUCCGCACCCUGGUUAGACAGACUUUGAGCCAUUUCAACCAUAUUAGAGUGGACUUUCUGCCCAUGUACACAUUCGCAUUCGCAAAACAUUCAUAUCAUUUGAUGCGAAUGCGAAUGUGUAAAAUGAUGCGAAUCAUUCGCAUAACGAACGCGAAUGCAAAUAUUCGCACCAUCCCUGGUGUGGACUCCGAUCGGUCGAAUUCCGAAACGCGAAGUCCAAGCCGCGUAGGAUUAAACAAGGGGCCCUUAAGUCGGCGUACUCUCCCGACACUGUUCAAUUUCUACAUGGCGAAACUCCUUCCGCCGCCGGCUGGAGUUAACUUGGUGAGCUACGCCGAUGAUUGCACGAUUAAUGCGAUAGGCCCUAAUAUCGACUGCCUUAACGGGAAAAUCAGCGACUAUCUCCCCCAUGCGCGAAACUGUCAGGCGUUUACGAACCCUUACACUCUUAAAACUCUUUCUUGUGCACUAGUCCGGUCAAGACUGGAGUAUUCAACGUUUAUUUGGAGGCCUUACGCUAAAAUUUUAUCACACCGAUUAGAACGUGUUCAAAAAGUUUUUAUAAAAUUUGCUCUCCGUUCAUUAAAUUUUUCUUUGCCACUACCUUCUUACUAUUCUCGCUGCCAACUAAUCAACCUUACGACACUGGAUAACAGAAGGUCCAUUUUAGCGUGCACGUUUGUCGUUAACAUCAUAACUGGUUCAAUUGACUGCCCUUAUCUUCUAGAAAAGAUUCCUUUUAAUCUUCCCUCUUGAAUCCCCCGCCAUCGGGAUUUCUUUAAAAUAGGUUUUUCUAAAAGCAGUUAUGGUGCCAAUGCUCCGAUCUCUAGAACCUGUGCUGAACUCAACCUAGUCUUCAAUGCUUUAGACAUUGAUUUCACACAAUCAGGCCCUGCCUUAGUCACACAUCUCCGAACAUUCUUCUCUGCGAUUUAUUUAAUAUUAGCUCUUUUGAAUGUAUUUAAAAUUUAUCUUAAUUUUUACAUUUUAGUAGCACUUAAUUAGUGUUAGCUGAGUAGUCUGUAAGAAUAAUCUGUAUUCCAAGACAAAUAAAUAAAAUCCGCCGCCACACUGUUCACCACCUGGGCCAAGUGGUUCGGCUAGAACUGGACGUCCACGUCGAUGGCAACAUAAUACCGACGGUCAACCACCCCAAAAUCCUGGAAGCCACAUUCGACAGCCUAUUCUCCUUUUCAGCGCACGCCUCAGCCACCUGCGAAAAGAUGCGAGUAAGGAACAAAACCCUCGAGUCACUAGACGGCAGCACUUGGGGAACCGACCAAGAAACCCUAGUCACUACGUACAAAGCAAUCGGCCGGUCGGCCAGAUGCUGGCGGUGAAAGAGUACAACACGUUCCUCGUGGGAUGUCACCGUGCUGAUACCAUCUAUUAUUACAAGAAACUGAUGGAACCGUGACAUUGUAUACGAGGCUCCUUUGUGCAUUCUCAAAAACAGCCUUUCGAGGGUUUUGAGUUCUCCACUUUUUUGCUUUUCAGGGAAUCCCCUAAUUAUAUACUUAUUGCGAAGCUAUAACAAAUAGUUUUUAGUAGAACCAAUUUAUAUACUGUUUUAUAUUACAGAUAAUAAGACAUCUAAAAUACAACCUUUAUCUACUGAAAACCUACAAUAUGCUUGUAUGUUUUAAGUAGAAGAUAACUUAUAAGUCAGUCUAUAUAUCUUCACAACUACAAUUAAUAUAAAUUGAAAUAAUGGAGUCUUCUGACUUGAUAAGUACUAGCGAUAUGACUACUGCAAGUACUUCUGAAAUCGAAUCAGUGCAACAAGAGACGUCAUUGGUCAGAAAUCGUAACAACAAUGGGGCUAACUGCGACAACAUGGAAGUCGAAAUAGAGAACUUUAUCGACGAUGGGAACAAUGCAAACAACAAUAAUGCCAAAAGAUUUCGUUGGAAACGCCUAAGCAAUCCAUCUGGGCCCCAACCACGUCCACGCCAUGGACAUCGUGCUAUAAACAUAAAGGAAUUAAUGGUUGUUUUUGGAGGCGGCAAUGAGGGUAUUGUUGACGAACUUCAUGUAUAUAAUUCCGUCACCAAUCAAUGGUUUGUACCGGCCAUGCGUGGUGAAGUGCCACCUGGUUGCGCUGCAUACGGCUUCGUUGUCGUUGGUACGCGCAUGUUCGUUUUUGGUGGCAUGAUAGAAUAUGGCAAAUAUUCUAAUGAACUUUAUGAGUUACAAGCUACAAAAUGGGAAUGGCGCAAGAUGAAUCCCGAAUUGCCAGAUAAUGGACCUGCGCCUUGCCCGCGCCUGGGCCAUAGUUUUACUAUGGUUGGUGAUCGUAUUUUUCUUUUUGGUGGGCUGGCCAACGAAUCUGAUGAUCCCAAAAACAAUAUACCCAAAUAUCUCAACGAUUUGUACAUAUUGGAAACUCGUGCAGUGCACAGCCACAAUGGCAAGUGGAUCAUACCAAAAACUUACGGAGAAAGUCCUCCACCACGUGAGUCUCACACGGGCGUGGCUUUUACGAGCAAAACUACAAAUAAGCUAAAUUUGUUAAUAUAUGGUGGCAUGAGUGGCUGUCGGUUGGGUGAUUUAUGGCUUUUGGAUGUUGAUUCUAUGACAUGGUCUAAGCCGCGUACACGUGGUCAUGCACCUUUACCUAGGUCUCUACAUAGCGCUACAAUGAUCUGUAAUAAAAUGUAUGUUUUUGGUGGUUGGGUACCAUUACUAAUAAACGACUCAAAAGCAACAACUGAAAGAGAAUGGAAAUGUACAAAUACCCUGGCAGUUCUUGAUUUGGAUUCAAUGACAUGGGAGAAUGUAACAGUUGAUACAGUAGAUGAAGACGUGCCAAGAGCUCGAGCUGGUCAUUGUGCAGUGGGCAUUCAGAGUCGUUUAUACGUGUGGUCUGGCCGUGAUGGGUAUCGUAAAGCAUGGAACAACCAGGUCAGGGUUUGCUGUAAAGACCUCUGGUAUUUAGAAGCAACAAGGCCACUGUAUGCAGUUAAAGUUGGUUUGGUUCGUGCGUCUACGCAUGCUUUAGAACUAUGUUGGACGGCUACAACAUUUGCGACAGCAUAUGAGUUACAAACACAAAAGAUUGAGCCAUCAACUAUAGCGACUAAAGUUGUAACACCAUCAUCAAUUACUCCUAGUGCCUCAUCUACGUCAGUUGCCACGAAUCAAAUAUCGACGAAUGGACUGCCCCCCAACACAAUUCAACCUUCCCCAGUAUUGACUACCACAACUACGAAGCAUCAAAAGAUACACAAUGCAGCACUUCCUUCGGUUUGUUUACAACAAUCUACCACAAAAGUGCUGAAUAAUCCUAUUAUACAGCAGCAGCAGACUCAGCAACAAUCACAAUCUUCCCAGCAGCAAACCCAUUUGCAGGGCGCAACCAUUUAUAUAGCACAACAACAUGUGCCACAAACACAACAAAUCGGUCAAAUCAAAGCGAAUAUUGUAUCUUCUGCGCCAAGUAUUGCGGAGAAUACAUUAUCGGCUACACGCAUAUUAAACACAUCAACGCCGACAAUAGUAAAUUCUAGCACACAGGUUAGUGCCACUUUGGUAAAUGUAUCGCAGCAGCAACCAACUGUUUCAAUAGUGAAUAGCAAUAUAACUACUAUACUACAAAAGUUCCGACCAAACACUGUUGUGGCUCGUACUUCGGCCGUAACAACACCAAUUAAUACAGGCACGAUUGCGGUAUCAUCUGCUGUGCACUCAAAUGCUGGUGCUUCGAAUCUACGUGUUGUAAGUGCAGCUGGGAUACCGGUAACAACAACAGCUCCAGCCAAUACUGUAAGAAUUGUAUCAGGAAAUACUGGACAGACCUUACGUCUAGCUACCUCACAUACCACGGCCAACACUACUGCUACUAUAUUAAAAACUUCUCAAACUAUAGGAAAUACAAUCGCUGGACAAAUACAAAACAGUUCCGUUGCAAAUGCAGGAAAUUCCAUAGCUACCGCCACAACAAUUGGUGGCAAGCAAUAUAUUAUACAGAAACCUUUAACAUUAGGCUCAAACGUACAAUUUCAAUUGGUUAAAACCAGCACUGGAGGCGUGGCCGUUCAAACACUGCCAAAAAUUAAUUUAAAUUUGGCUAAAAAUACCGGUACUUCAGGAACAUUAGCUGCCGUUGGGAGUCAGCAGGUUUCGGCUGGCGGACAAAUUGUAACAGCAACUCAAGUAGUCGGUAGCACUGCGGGCUCACAACCCCAACAGCAGUUCAAUGUGAAUUGUAGUACAUCUGUUGCUAGUACAGGUUCUACUAGCGGCCAGCAAAAACCGCUGGUAUCUGGCAAUCUUGUAAAAUUGGUUUCACCGCAUACCGUUAGCGGCGGAAAGUUAAUAAUGAAAAAUUCUAAUAUUCUCCAGGUGGGAAAAGUUUCUUCUAAUGUUGCUGGUAAACCUGCAUUUGUUAUCACCAACAAGCAAGGGCAGCAGUUAACAAAUCAACAGAUUAUAAUUGUCACCACUGGUGCUGGUAUACGAACAAUACCCGCAUCGAGUGUUAUGACUCAAGCUGGUGCUGGUAGCAUCGUUUCAAUAGUGGGUUCGACAUCGACCACUGCUACAGUUGCAACUAACAGGAAUGUGGUAUCCACUCAGACCGGUGUCAAAAUGAUUCGGGGAGUAACUAGCACAACCGGUCGACCCAUUACUUUAACACUACCUUCAACAACACAAUUGUCACAGCAGCAGCAACAUGUAACCAGUCAACAGCAUCAGCAAAAAGUGAGUGUACCAUCUUCAAACGUUCAGCAAAAAACUAUAACACUGGGCGGUAAGGCAGUAACGGUGCAGAUGGCUUCUAAUCCAAAUGUGACUGGAAUGGCUAAAACUGUUACGAUUGUUGGUUCAAGUUCUGGACAUACCCAACCCCAAACCAUUGUUACCAGUGGCAUUGCUGGCAACACAGGUAGUAAGUUAGUAAUGCUGCCUUCGAAUACAACUACAGUAAAUAAAAAGGGUUUCGUAAAUAUUUUAAAUGCUAGCGGUACAAGUAAUACCAGUGGAAAUACCAUGCAGCGCGCAAUUAAAUUGACAUCGAAAAAUGUUGUGGGUGUAACAAAUUCGCAAAUUGGCAUCGCGACGCAUGUCAACAAUGAUGGGUCAAAUGAAGCGACCGUUGCCAUAGCAUCAUUGACAGAUCCGAAUUAUGCAGAAGGUGACACUAUGGACGAUAUAAUCGAGCAACUAGAUGGCGCCGUAGGCUCUUUCGUUGGUUAUGAUCAUGUGGAAACCGAAGAUAUAGAUGAUGGGUCUGCAAGUAUAUUAGCCCCAGUAACGAUGAAUGACAUUGGCGAUGAAGCUAAGGAAAAAAAUAAAUGCAGCAAAUUCAACAAGUACGAGGGAAAAUGCUUAAGAAAUGAAAUUUUUAAUUUUUAUACCGGUGACAUCAGUUCAUCGUUCGAACCCGAUUCGAAAAAAACGAAAGAUGAUACAUUAAGUUAUAUUAACGGGGGUAGUAAAACCGAGUUUGGUCAAGAAGAUACUCGUAUACCUGUUCCAAAUUUGCAUUUUACCAAUAAAAGCGUUCAGCAAGUCUCAACAUCUAACCACGUUACCAACUGUCAUAAACCACAAUAUCCCCAUGUAGGCUGUGAUUCGUUAGUAGCGCAACCGCAGUAUUUAUACAUACUACCAGCUUAUAAUAACGCCCAAGCUCCUAAGUUUCCAGAUACUUCAAACUCAUUUUGUUGAAAUAAUGUUUGUUAAAACAACAGAUCGAAGACAUCAUGGCAGCACGGAAGGCGUGCCCCCUGGCUCCAACGGCGGAGACAGACAACUGUCUACAAUGCCGGCUCUGCCACCGGUACCACGCGCUCAGGACGUGCCCGGCCUUCAAGGCCAUGAAGCCACCGCAGCGAUUGGCAGUAUCCCGGGCGCAAGGGUAUUGGGUCAACUGCCUUGCGCUCACCCACACAACCGGCGAAUGCGACUCACCAGGCAGCUGCAAGGUUUGUGGCUUAGCGCACCAUACGCUGCUGCAUGUGGCAGCUAACAGGCCCGCGCGCACAGGCCAACGAAACCAGCAGCCCAACCGGGCCAAAUCGACAGCAUGCAAGCCCAUCAAGCGGAGGGCACCGCCGAAGAAAGGUGGGCAGAAGAAGGCGCAGAAGAACCCGCGCAACCAGGCGCCGCAACCGCCGCGCAAGAAGACCGCCCAACGGACGAUCGCGCGCCCUCCUCAAGGCCUACAAACGGCCAAUUUCCAGGGUCGCACCACCCACCGCGUCCUUGGCAACACGAUCCGCGCCCUGAAAGAGCUGCAGGAGACGCUCAGCAACGCAUUCCUGCAGGGCGGGGACGAUGUUUAAGCCGCCACUUAAACUUAAUUCAGCGGCCGUGCGCGCAUCCUGUGGCCGCAGCGGUGUGAAGUCCGAAAAAUGAUUAACGAGCGCGCACGGCCGCUUCCCAUAAUCGGGCCAAAUGAGAGACCAGUCAGUUCAGCCAAAAACGUCGGACAUCGCGCACGCGCCCUAGCAUUUGAUGAUUCAUACGAGAGUUAACUCUAAAGUUUUAAUAAAAACGCUUUGUAAAUUAACUUUAAUUGUGGGGUGCACAAAUAAACACAAAAAUAUUUGAAUUUC